AUGCGCCGCUCUCCGGGCUCGAGCCGGGAGCCGCGGCUGACGACGAGCACCGCCGUGCUGGCGGUCGCAUCGGCGCUCAUCCUGCUGAUGCUCAGUUUCAACGCCCGGCUCUACUUCUCCGCGGCGUGCGACCAGCGGCUGCAGCAGCUCGCCGACGAGAAGGACCGCGAGCUGCAGCGCCUGGCGCGGCGCGACCUGGUGGCGUACGUGGACUGGACGCCGGGCGCGCUGACGCCGCCUCGCAUCGCCGUCCUGGUCAUCGCGUACAACCGCGCCUCCUACCUCGACCGCGCGCUCGGCUCGGUGAUGUUGAGGCAUCCGGGCGGCGCGAACUGGCCAGUGUACGUGUCGCAGGACGGGGAGAACGACGAGGUCGCGCGAGUCAUCGCCAAGCACGGGGCGCGGCGGCUGGUCCACCCGCGCCGGCAGCUCGACCUGUCGCGCGCCGAGAAGUUUCUGAAAAAGGCGCCGGGGUACGCGUACCUGUCGGUACACUACGGGUGGGCGCUGCGCACGCUGUUCGCCGACGCGGCGCGCUACGAGGGGGUGAUCAUUCUCGAGGAGGACAUCGAGGACGACACCCUCCUCGCCGUCUCCGCCUUCAACGACAACGGCCAGCCGCGCUACUCCUCCGACACGUCCGCCCUCUACCGCUCCGAUUUCUUCCCCGGCCUCGGCUGGCUGCUCACACGGCGGCUGUGGGCCGAGAUUGGCGCCGGCUGGCCUGAGGAGCGCGGCUUCUGGGACGACUGGAUGCGAGAGCCGCCGCAGCGGCAGGGCCGCGCGUCGAUACGGCCCGAGACGAGCCGCUCGCGCACGUUUGGGCAGAAGGGGACGUCUCUCUCCCAGUUCUACAUCAAGUUUCUGGCGCCCAUCCAGUUCUCCGACCAGGCCGCCCCCGCCUGGGCCGGCCGCAAUCUCAGCUUUCUGCUCAAGGCCGCGUACGACCCUCCGUUUGCCGCGCGGGUCGCCGCGGCGCGCGAGGUGGAGCUGCGCAGAGUCAUCGACCGCUCCUUCACCGCGAGCGGCGGAGGCGACGUGGUGGUGCGCUACUCGACGCCAAAGGUGCUGCUGGGCUUCUGCAAGCAGCUGGGCAUCAUGGAGGACCUCAAGGCGGGCGUGCCGCGCACCGCCUACCACGGCGUCAUACCGCUGCGCGUGGGUGGCGUCAUGGUCUUCCUGGCGCCGUCUUUUGCCGUGGACCAGGACAUCACCCAGCGCAAGCCGCCAUAGCGGCGGGGGCCUGUAUCGUUUUUUAUUAUCAUGAACAGGUAAGGUAAGGUAA